AUGGCCGCUGUCAAAAUUUUUCUGCUCACUGUGAGCGCAGCCUCAGUUGCUAUUGCGGGUAGCAAUGGUAACUUGAAGACGUGUCUUCGGGAUGCCUUGACUGAUUCCGGUAGUGUCGCGUUCGCAGGCGAUCCUUUCUAUCAGGUUGCGGAUGUGAAUCGCUAUAAUCUCAAUAUCCCUGUCACUCCGGUGGCUGUUACCUCCCCUACUUCGUCGCAACAAGUCGCCGCCAUUGUCCAAUGUGCAGCGGACAACGGAUAUCACGUUCAAGCGAAGAGUGGUGGGCAUAGCUUUGGCAACUACGGCCUCGGUGGAACCGAUGGUGCUGUUGUCGUCGACCUGAAGCACCUCCAGCAAUUUUCCAUGGAUAGCACAAACUGGGUGGCAACAAUUGGCUCCGGCACCUUGCUGGGAGAUGUGACCCAACGUCUUCACGAUGCUGGAGGGCGGGCGAUGUCUCACGGAACUUGCCCUCAGGUUGGCACCGGUGGUCAUUUUACAAUUGGCGGUCUCGGCCCUACCUCGCGACAGUUUGGUGCAGCUCUGGACCACAUUGUGGAAGCAGAGGUUGUGCUCGCCAAUUCGAGUACCGUGACUGCCUCUGAUACGCAGAAUCAAGACAUUUUCUUCGCCAUCAAGGGGGCCGCGUCUGGAUUUGGUAUUGUCACGGAGUUUAAGGUUCGCACCGAGCCUGAGUCUGGCACUGCGGUCAAGUACGAGUAUACUCUCGAGGUCGACAGCACUGAGGAGCGGGCUAGUCUCUUCAAAAAGUGGCAGGCUUACGUGGCCAACCCUAAACUGACGCGCAAGCUGGCAUCCACGCUUACUCUGCUUGAGGGCAGCAUGAUCAUCACGGGCACUUUCUUCGGCACGGAGGAAGAAUACAACGCGCUGGACCUGGGCAAUCAGUGGGGGGGAGCUACGGGAAGUGCAAUCGUCUUUCAGGACUGGCUCGGUCUUGUUGGCCACUGGGCCGAGGAGGCUGCGUUGGAGCUUGUAGGAGGAGUUGCUUCUAACUUUUACUCGAAGUCCACAGCUUGGACGCCCAGCAACCUGAUGAGCUCCGAAACAAUUGACGAGUUGUUUAACUACAUUGACAGUGCAGACAAGGGUACUUUAACUUGGUUCCUCCUGUUCGAUUUCCAGGGUGGCUACACCAACGACAUUCCAGCUGACGCAACGGCGUACGUCCACCGUGAUGUCCUUAUCUGGCUGCAGUCAUACAGCAUCAACUUGUUGGGGUCUGUGACACAGACUCAGAUCAACUUCUUGGAGCAAGUCAACAAGCUCGUUACCAACGAUAAAGCCCCAUAUGCCGCUUACCCGGGCUAUGUUGAUCCUCUGAUGCCGGAUGGCCCCGAAGCAUACUGGGGAUCUAACCUGCCUCGGCUGCAGCAGAUAAAGGACGAUAUUGAUCCUAAAAAUGUGUUCCGCAACCCGCAGAGCCCGUCUCCUGCCAACUAG